AUGAUACACGUCCCGCAACGCAUGGCCCCUGACAGAAACAAAGAUGUUCUCGGGACGCGGCAACCCCAUCCCAUGUUGCCGCUCUCCGUUGAUAGCAGAUGCAGUAUCAUGCAAUAUCUUCCGGCCAGCCUUACGUGGCGAGCCGUCUCAUCUCUCUUGCCGCUGACCGAGCCGUCUUAG